GGAGGGAGAGAUUCCUCCCCUCCCUCCGUUAAGCUGCUCCCGGUGCUGAAUGAGAGCAGCCGAAGCGUCGGAGGAAAGUCGGGAGCCGGACGGCGAUUGGCCCAACCGUUGCUGCCUUUUUGCUGCCUCUUCUCCGGCUCCCGCUCGCCCUUCCUUAUUCGGCAGGAAUGAUAACUUGGGUGAACGUGAAUGAAUAAAGUCACUUCUGCAAAUGUAGGGCAGAAGGCCAAUGGUGCAAACAGUAUGGCCCUAAUGAACGGACAGACCAGUAAUAUUAAUAUUAUACCAACUGCUUCAGAGAAGAGUAGCAGCUCAGAAUCAUUGAGUGACAAGGGUUCUACUGAAUUGAAGAAAAGCUUUGAUGCAGUAGUUUUUGAUGUUCUGAAAGUUACACCUGAGGAAUAUGCAGGCCAGAUUACCCUCAUGGAUAUUCCUGUAUUUAAAGCUAUUCAGCCAGAGGAACUGUCAAGCUGUGGUUGGAAUAAAAAGGAAAAAUAUAGUUCAGCACCAAAUGCAGUUGCUUUUACAAGAAGAUUCAACCAUGUAAGCUUUUGGGUAGUUAGAGAGAUUCUUCAUGCACAGACAUUAAAAAUAAGAGCUGAAGUCCUAAGCCACUAUAUCAAAACUGCUAAGAAACUUUAUGAACUAAAUAAUUUACAUGCUCUUAUGGCUGUGGUUUCUGGAUUGCAAAGUGCCCCCAUCUUCAGGUUGACUAAAACAUGGGCGUUACUGAGCCGAAAAGACAAAGCUUCUUUUGACAAACUGGAAUACAUAAUGAGCAAAGAGGACAAUUAUAAAAGACUUAGAGACUAUAUUGGUAGCUUGAAGAUGACUCCUUGUAUUCCUUAUUUAGGUAAGAUAAAUACUUUAAUUGUUUUUAUCAGCUUGUUAACAGAUUAUAUCUCCAGUGUUUGGCCAUGGACACUAUUGAUUUUGUUUUCCAGCUGGGAAAGCUCUAGUGAAUUGUCUCGUUUGCGAAUUAUCUCAUGCAAGAGCUGCAUAUACAAUAUUCCUGUGUUGCCUCAUGUUCAAAAGUAUCUGAAUUCUGUUCAGUAUAUAGAGGAACUUCAGAAGUUUGUGGAAGAUGAUAAUUAUAAACUUUCAUUAAAAAUAGAACCUGGGACCAGUACCCCUCGCGCCACUGCAUCUCGUGAAGAUUUAGUUGGCCCCGAAGUGGGUGUUUCUCCCCAAAUGGUGCGAAAGAAUGCUACUGCUGAAGGAGCAUUGCUACCACCAACUCCUCCAUCUCCUAGAAACCUGAUGCCUCAUGGGCAUAGAAAAUGUCACAGUUUGGGAUACAAUUUCAUUCAUAAAAUGAACACAGCAGAAUUUAAAAGUGCAACAUUCCCGAAUGCAGGACCAAGGCAUCUUUUAGAUGAUAGUGUCAUGGAAUCACAUGCUCCAUUACGAGGGCAGGCAGAGAGCUCCACCCUUUCCAGUGGAAUUUCAAUAGGUAGCAGUGAUGGAUCAGAGCUCAGUGAAGAAACUUCUUGGCCAGCAUUUGAAAGGAACAGAUUAUACCAUUCUCUUGGUCCGGUGACAAGAAUAGCACGAAAUGGCUAUUGGAGCCACAUGAAAGGCAGCAGUUCUGCGGAGUCUGAAGAUUUAGCUGUUCAUUUGUAUCCAGGAGCUGUUACUAUUCAAGGGGUUCUUAGAAGAAAAACUUUGUUAAAAGAGGGGAAGAAACCAACAGUAGCUUCUUGGACCAAAUACUGGGUGGCUCUAUGUGGAACACAGCUUUUCUACUAUGCUGCAAAGUCUUUGAAGGCUACAGAGAGAAAACACUUCAAAUCUACACCAAGUAAGAAUGUGUCAGUAGUGGGUUGGAUGGUUAUGAUGGCUGAUGAUCCAGAUCAUCCGGAUCUUUUCCUACUCACAGAUUCUGAAAAAGGGAAUUCGUACAAGUUUCAAGCUGGCAACAGAAUGAAUGCAAUGCUGUGGUUCAAGCAUCUAAGUGCUGCCUGCCAAAGCAAUAGACAACAGGUUCCUGCCAAUUUGAUGACUUUUGAGUGACCAUCUACUGCAGAAUUAGAUCCAAGAAUUUGAUCCAUCCACUUUUGAAUGCUAUUUCAUGGUUUGAGAAGUCCUGUUGAAGGCAUGCCAGCUGUACUUCUGACUAGGAAGUAAACAGAAGUUCUGAAUAAAAGCACUAAGAUUUCAGGGAAUGGAAUGUGACAUGAACUACCAUGAGGCUUGCUGCUACUCAAUAUUCUCUGAACUGACUUGUGGAAACCACUGCCUUAAAGAAUGAAAGGUUAUCCAACAUGAAACACCAAAUUUGUGUGUGUGGUGUGUGUAUGUAUAUGUGUGUGAAACCUCUGGUGGUGCUGUGCUUAGGUUAAGUAGGUUGUAGCUAGUUUGAAUUUGUGUUCACUUUGUAACAUUUUAAUUUUAAAGCCCUGCUUUUUGCAGUUUUUCUUGUUGUAAAAAAGGAGUACAUCUGAAACUUAAGGGUGUUUCAAGGGGUAUUUGUGCAAGGGGAUAGCCUGUGUUUUCUUGAAAAAUAUGCAGCUUAUAUCUGUGUCCCUCUGUAUUAGCUCUUGUGCUCAGCUAAUUGGGGACACGAUAUAAUUAGUUUAGCUUAGAAUGUAACAACUGUAAUAUAUGCAAAUUUAUCUUUUUAUAAAGCACUGACUUUGCAGAAUUUGAUACUACAUGAGGUUUUUCUUUUCUGCAAGUGACACAACAGCCAAUAUCAUAUUCAUUCUUUUUUUGAGAGAUAGAAAAAAAGAUCUUGGUUGUCAGUUUCAAGGAACCUCUGGGAAACAUCAGGAGGUCAGAACUGAGAAUUUAAUCUCAACAUAUUUUCAGACAAGACACCCUCAUUUCUCCAAGAAACAGUUUACAUGUGCGUUGUAUGCUUUUCCACAAGCACAUUUACCCCUGAAAAUCUUUAUUACUGCCUAUUAAUUAUUGUUUUACAGAUGAAAAUCUUAUAUUUUCCUUCUUGUAAAAGAAGCACAUGAUUAGGAUUAGAAGUUUUCUGUUUCUUUUGUGUCAGAGCUAGAAACCAUAUCUCUGUAGCAUAAAUUUAUUUGUAUAUGGUUUGCAAAAAUCACCUUUUGCAUAAUCAGAAAAAUCUGCCACUAAAAAGAUAAGCCACUGAUGGGAUUAAUUACAAGUAGGUUUAGUUUAGUGUAAGAAAAGAUUUCACAUAUUUCCUUAAAAAACAGCCUACCACCACGUGAGAUAAUUUGUAAAGAAACUCAUGCUCUGAAAAUUUGUGUUACUAUGAUAGCGUGAUACUUUGAACUAGACAAUUUCAGAGCCUUCACAUGGUAAUAAUUUUGAUCACAGGAAAACAAGGUCAGUUGAAAUCAACUCCAUCAGUGCUAUAGUCCAGUUAUUAAGAAAAUAUAUAUAGACUGGUUAUAAAGAAUAACUCAAAUGCAUGUGAGUAGAAUGUCAUUGGUUCAUGUAUCUAAAGGAUAUGUUUUCUAAAAGGCUUUUUCCUGCUAGUGGGAUAGGCAGAAAUGGCAGCUAUCCACAGAAGGAAAUAAUAAGGUUGACUUAAAACUUUCAUGUAAAGUACAAUGAAAAAAUAGGAACUUUAAAAUUAUCCACUUUUAAAAUCUGUUUCUGUUGUUCCUGCCAAAAAGUUCACAAUAUACUUAAAUUCUGGAUUCUUAAUUCUUCUGAAUUAAUACUCAGUUCUGACCUUAUAGUGGUAUUUGUUAUAAAAGGAGACCUGCAUGUUCUUGACUUGCUUAGUUUACAUAUUUGCCAAUAAAUGACACAGGAUGUUUCAUGGGAACAUCUUUAUAGCCAGCAGUAUUACUGUAUAGAGUUUGCACAAUUUAAUUUUCACUUUUCAGAGUUUAAAAAAAGCAUCCCAUUUUUAAUGUUGUGGAAUGGAAUCCUGUGGAAUUCGUUUGUUCUAAAAAAGCACGGAGGAAAAAGAAUUGUAUAGAUAGACCUAUCCACUUGAUCACCAUUCUUGUGAGUAGAAAGAUGCAACUACAAACCACAGCUUCAUUAGGUAUAGAGUUUUGAAAGAUAAAAGAUCAGCUCGUGCCACCUUUACACAUGAUGUCUAAUAUAGUUAGUUUUGGCAUGUUGAAUGAGUACUUUUGAACAUUUACAAUAUUUGAUUCAGAUCAUAGAACAUAUUUUCUGAGAUACAUCAGUUUUGAACCUUAUAUAACAUUUUCACAACUAAUUCAUUAUGUCAAAAUGUUUCUCAAAAGGAAAUGGAUGGUUUGGAAAGGGAAUAAACACAAAAAUAGGCACAUGUAUCAGCUCAAAACCAGGUUGAAAACUUGUUUUUGCCCAAUAGACUAAAUACCAAAAGCAGCAAAAAGUAGUAAAAAUGCAAUUCAAAUAUAAAUUCAUCAGUUUAAAACCUUUACUUAGCCUAUUUCCUGUAAAUAGUAAAUAGGGGUAUUACACGUUUACAGCUUUCAGCUUUCUCAUACAUGUUUUACAGUUUUUGUGUUGCAGUUUUUGUAUUUUGUUUUGAUUUACUAUAUUUGAAAAAAAAUCUUUCAAGCCUUGAACCAUUCCAGAUGUUAUGAUAGUUUUAAAGGUUGCAUUUGUAAAAAGAUCUAUUUAAUUUCUAACAAUUUGCUUCAUUCAUCAGUUAAAUCUCAGUAAUGUAAAAUUUUACAAUUCAUACUAUUAAUAUGUUUUAAUAAUUAAAAAUAUGUAUCAGAACAUCUAAAUGCUGUUCGAGUGUGAAUGAAGCAUUUUGCUUGGUAAUACAAGUUUCUUCUAAAUAAUUGAGCUAAAUACAUAGAUGCUAAUACUAUCAGGUAUUGGUUUUUAUAAUAAUUAAUAGAAAAUAGAAUGAGUGCCAUUUUUACUAUAACAAAAAACACUGGAUUUUUGGUAUAUAAAGACAUAUUUCACUAAAAUAUAUUUUUAAUGUUUCAUCUAAAAACAAAUCAAGUUGCAAGAAAUGUUUAAUUCUAAAAGACAAGAUCUGUUACAAGAAACACUAAUCUGGUUAGUACAACUGUAGAAUGCCUUAUAUGUCUUCAUUUCAUACACACACACACACACACACACACACACACACACACACAGAGUGCUUCUUCAUCUUGCAUACUGUAAAUGAAGAACCUCUAUUGCAUAUGCCCAACUGAGCCUCAGUUAAUCAACUUUCUAAUUUCCUCUCAUUUUUAUAAAAUGCAGGGGUCAUGUGUUCUGAGUAUCUACUCAUUAUUGUGAAAAGUUGAUAGCAAUUAACCAGAUAUCAGUUAGCCCAUAUGAAGCUGGUUGAAUAAUACUGUCAGACUACUUUGUCAAAUCUCAGCUAAGAAGAUUUUCCUUGUAAUGAAAUUGUAACUUGCACUGCUUCACACACAUAUGAUCCACACACACUUUUCUAUAUAAAGACAUGGAUGAAGCUGCUUUUCAGAACACAUUAGAUGAAAUGAAAGAUUUUGUUUCAGCUAUUUAUCUAAAUAGUAUUUGAAGAUAGAUAUUGUUAUAGACAUAUUAUUUUCAAAUAGGGUUGAGUGAGCUUUUUGAUUUCUUCCUAAUUUUAUGGCAUUCCUGUACCUUUGUGUCAGAUCAAUCAAAUAUGUUGCAAAUUAGGUUUCUUUGUAAUGCAAGCAUCAAGUGGCUCAAGUUGCAUCUUUCUUUCUCAUAUUUUUGUGUGUAUUGCUUUUUUCAGUUUGUUGCCAUUCUUAAAUCUAAUUUUCUAAUUUGGAAUAUUUUAUGAAAACUUGAAGACACUAAAAUUUGAAGUAAAGAAUUGUAAAGUUCUUUAAAGUAAAGUUAUCUGCUUAGGUUUGGGUUUUUUUGAGUCACACUCUUUUCCUAUUUAAAAAUGGCUUGUAUCCAACCUUAAAAUGUACAUUUAAAAAUAAGACAGAAACGGAAUAUUCAUUCAGAGGAGUGUAACAUUUCCGGCUCAUCAUGAGAUGAGCAUUUUAUAUCUGUAUAAGAUUUUUUGCCAGUGCCUUAAUUACCAGUUUGAAAGACCAAGGUGGCAAUCCACCCAAGUAUUAUUUCUAUGCAUUCCACUACUCAUGUAAAU